AUGAUGUCGUGCAUGACUGAGUCGACCUGCAUUCUGGCGAGCACUCUCCCGCCGGCCUGGAGAUGCCAAGUUCACUCGGACGUGAAGGCGUCCCCUGCAGCGGGGCCGAAGGAUGGGGCAAAUUCGUCCCAAACUUGGAGGAUCCUCUACGAUGGUGAAUGCUCGCUUUGUAUGCGUGAGGUAAACAUGUUGAGGGAAAGGAACAAAUCCUAUGGAACUAUAAAUUUUGUUGACAUCAGCUCGAAAGAUUACUCCCCGGAGGACAGCCAGGGUCUCGAUUAUGAAACUGCCAUGGGGAGGAUACAUGCCAUCGUUUCAGAUGGAACUAUCGUCACAGAUGUUGAGGCAUUUAGAAGGCUUUACGAGGAAGUGGGACUUGGAUGGGUUUAUGCAGUUACUAAGUAUGAACCUGUGGCUACCAUAGCAAAUGCAGUAUAUGGUGUAUGGGCUAAAUACCGCAUGGAAGUUACAGGCCGUCCUCCACUGGAGGAAGUUUUUGCAGCUCGGAGACAAGCGGGCCAAUGUAAAGAUGAUAAAUCAUGCAAGAUGUGAGCAGCAAAUCGCCCAUCUUCUCCACUCUACAUAUUCUUACUUCAGCACAUGUUUAGAUAGACACACAUACAUAGCUAGCCUUACGUCCAAUUGAUUCCGAGAUUGAUGAUAUGAUGUUGUUCUGUGUUUGAGGGUAGUAAAUAAUUCCAUGGUCACUACACUGAUUCUAUUGGAAAGACAAACAACUUUAAGCAA